UCGAUGGUGGCCGCUUCCUGCUAGAGAGGCCGUUCUGUCGGGCCCCGGGGCAUGUCGGGAUGGGGCCGCCUCUCGUUGACCUCCGCCGAGCUGCCAUGGCGGCGCUGCCGGUCCUUGUCCUCCUCCUUUUUUUGGUGAUGGCGGCAGGAGGCGGCGCGGCUCCCGCCUGGGACUCGGCCGGUUACCUGCUCUACUGUCCCUGCAUGGGCCGGUUCGGGAACCAGGCCGAGCACUUCCUGGGAGCCCUGGCCUUCGCCCGCGCCCUCAACCGGACCCUGGCCGUGCCGCCGUGGAUCGAGUACCGCCACCACCGCCCGCCCUACACCAAUCUGCACGUUCCCUACACGGAGCACUUCAAGCUGGAGCCGCUCCUGCAGUACCACCGCGUUAUCAGCUUGGAGGACUUCAUGGAGGAGCUGGCGCCCGUUCACUGGCCUCCUGGCAAGCGAGUGGCUUACUGCUUUGAAGCGGCGGCUCAAAGAAGUGCUGAUAAAAGCACUUGUCCCAUGAAGGAUGGAAAUCCGUUUGGUCCCUUCUGGGAUCAGUUCCAAGUGAAUUUUGAUAAGUCUGAGCUAUUCAAGGGAAUUUCCUUCAGUUCUGCAUACAAGGACCAUUGGAUCCAAAGAUUUUCACCAUCUGAGCACCCUGUACUCGCCUUACCUGGAGCUCCAGCCCAGUUUCCAGUCUUAGAGGAGCACCGACCUCUCCAUAAGUAUAUCGUGUGGUCUGAUGAAAUGGUGAAGAAAGGAGAAUCCCAUAUUCAUUCUUUGCUGGUCAGGCCCUACAUAGGAAUUCAUCUGAGGAUCGGCUCGGAUUGGAAAAAUGCUUGCAAUAUGUUAAAGGACGGGACAGCCGGGCCGCACUUCAUGGCUUCACCUCAGUGCGUGGGCUACGACCGAAGCGCUGCGGUCCCUCUUACCAUGGACAUGUGCCUGCCAGACCUCAAAGAGAUCAAGCGUGCUCUCAAGCUCUGGGUGAAAAAGACAGAAGCUAAAUCCAUUUAUGUCGCUACCGAUUCUGAGCCCUACACAACAGAAAUACAGCAGUUCUUCCAAGGAAAGAUCAAGGUUGUAAGCUUGCAGCCAGAAGUACCUCAGAUUGAUUUGUACAUUCUCGGCCAGUCUGAUCAUUUUAUCGGGAACUGUGUCUCUUCGUUUACUGCCUUUGUGAAAAGAGAGCGUGACGUGCAUGGAAAACCCUCUUCAUUUUUUGGCAUGGACCACCCACCAAGAUUACGGGAUGAAUUCUGACCAAACGAGGAACAGGCUCUGUAGUUCUCAGGGCUCUGAGCUCGGUAUUUGCCAAGGGACUGCUCGGUGCUAGCAGCGUUCUCCUGCCUGCAGUGCACGCUGCCAGGUUGCCACAGACCUGCUUCAGCCCUGUGAUAUUCCUCACAGUUGCUUCUAGACUGUUCUGUCUGACUUCUUUUUUUAUUUCCAGUGUGAGGUCAGACAGAAAAGAAAUUUUAAAUCAUAUAGUUCAUAGGAAACUAUAAAUUAUAUAUAGUUUUUAAGACUUAGUUUAUAUAGUUCUCCAUUGUCAAUAGUUGGAGUUUGCCAGCAAUUGUGAUGAAGCAGCUGCUCAGAUUUCCUCUUCUCCAUUUUUUUUUUCCGUUAAAUUUUAAAUUUUACCUGGAGAUGUUGUGAAACUUCUUGUCCAAAACUGACCAUAAGUUCUUUUUAAGUCCAAAGUAUUGUGAGGAAUAUCACAUUCCCUGAAAAAGAGUGCAAGGUAAAGCUCAGGACUGGAAAUUGGCUCUGGGUUUUAUCGAGUACCGCUGUUGCCUUACUAGACCCGUGUCACCUCAGUGCCUUGGUUUCCAUUCCCCUGUCCAAAGAGAUUUUGUACCCACUUCACAGCAGAGCUGCGGGCACCUGAAUCUCUUCAGUGGUGCUAGAGAAGUGUAGCAGGGGCACAUUUUAAUGUGGCAGCUGCCUGUUCAGCCCGUCUUUGUAUAGAACUGGGGAGAAGGCGUCUGUGGGGAUGCGGACAGGAGAUCUGUCAUAGCUGGUGGAGGGCUGGAGACUUGGGACUUGUAGCUUCGUAGCUGUUGAUGUCAGGCAGAGGUCUGUGGUAGGAAUGAAAUGGGUUUUAAGGUAAGACUUUUAAAGUAGCUGUAGUGGCGUUGAUGUAUGUCGUACCUAGGUCUGUGUUAAUGGUUUCUGUUUUUUGUAUGGGUUUGUACUUUGUAAAAUAACCCCUCUGAGAGCAGAACUCUUGGCUGUGGGGGUAGCUCCCAGUGGAGAUAACUGUGGAAAGCGUUAGCUGGUGGUGAAACAGCAGCAAAAAAACCCUUAGUUUGGCCUGGUAUAGUUUAGUGCUGGGAACACUGAUAAUCCCGAUGCAGUGAGUCUCAACUUGACCACUGCCUAUUGGGACUCCUGUGACUUUAAUUUUACUUUUUUUGUCCAAAGAUUGAGUAGAGAACUUGCUGUUCCUUUUUUAAAAAUGCCACUUAGGUGAAGCUGUGGUACCAGAUCUGGCUGCCUCUAGUGCACUGCUACGGUCUGAAUGAUGCUGAGCAUUGACCGGGGUUUGACUCUAAAUAUCUUUUGGUGAUGGGUUUUUUGUCCUCCUUGGAAAUGUUCCUGAGCUUUGAAGGAGUUUGAAGGCUCAAGAGAGUGAUGACAAAGACUCAUCUCCUUUCCUCAGUGCUGACUUCCAAAAAUUCAUGGGAUUUGGUGGUUUUAGGGCCUCUGGCUGUGUCCCAGCGGAGCUGGGCAGCUGGAUGCCUGCACGCUCCUCAGUAUUUCUCUCAGCUUAGUGAUCAUGGAUGAUGCCGUCAGGGCUGCCUCACCUCAUUACAGAGCAAGGGCAGCCUUUCCGCGUGGUAUUGGGAGACAGUGUAUUAAGAGAAAAUGUGUGUGUGUUUUUUUUUUU